AUGAUUGAGCGACUUGUUGCUUUGUUGCUCCGACCGAGCAAUCCUCAAUUUUCACUAUUGGUUAUAAAAACGAGUUCCAUUUUCGUUUCAAAUAAUGAGGAUGAAUUUACCAUUAUUCUUUCCACAGAUUUUUACCUACGAGCAUUGGAACCGACAUCAGUCAAACCAUUUGUUCCCAUAUUGUGAACUCGAGGUAUUCUCGGUUCCCGGUGGCAGUCAUCUGAGCAGUGCUGGGGAAUCACUCAUACAUCUUCAAAUGAUUCUCUAGCGAAAGUUAAACAGCCAGCCAAAUUAGAAAUAAUGGGUACUGUUUUAGAAGCUAGGGACCCAACUGAUUUUAUCCCCAAAGAUAUUCAACUUCAUAAAUUCACAAAAAUGAUUGGAAUGAUAAACAUACCUAGCGAUGUAGUUUCGGAAUUUUAUGCAGAACCAGAGCGAAGUUCUGAUCGCGCUGUAUUCCGCAAAUUUAGUGCUAAUAAAUGCACAGUUCAGCCCAUUUCUACAUCUAAUGAUAACCUCGUUUCGCAGUGUCAACGGCAGCAAUCGAAGAGUACGGAUUCACUUUGGCACGACACUUUGCAACAAUCAGUUUUAUUGAAAAUGGCAAAGGAGACGAUAAAAAAAUCAGUUUCAUGUGAUUCAUUGAAUUCCGUCACAAAUCCUCUCGAUGAUCACUGCGAAUUGUCCAACGAAAGAUGCCCACAGGCAGCAAAUUGUGGUUGGUGUCCAGUACUCGUACUUAUCAGUAUCAGUAAUACCUAUGCAAAGCCAGGCCAAGCUUUCUGA